CCGCGUACUCCUGCGUACUUCUGUGUACGGCGUUUGUGAAGUACAGGAUUCUGAAGCAGAGCGCGACGAGGCGGAUCCUGUUGGGACACGCACAAGAGAUUUGGUUGUUCUUGGUUGUAAGCAGACAGGAGCUAGCUACACCUACCCCGCCCUCCACCUACGCUCUACUCCACCAGCCUUCUGAAUGCUGCUGGCCACGCUGGAGCACCAAUGGAGACAACCGCCAGGGUUUAUGGGAAAUCUGAGCCCGGACACUGCAGACUGUCCUUUCUCCGAGCCGUGGCCCGUGCUGGACAGAAGGACAACUGUGAAGGACCUGCUCAAGAUCAGACGCCAGAUGGUGGAGGAUGAGAUUUUCCUUAAGAGGCAGGUGCUUGAACAGUGCGGGACGCCAGACGCUCCUCAGCACGUGGACACAGAAGUCAACAUGGCCGCCACUCACUGCUAUGAAAAUUCUACUUGGAGCUAUCUGUCCCAAGACAAGCCAGAGUUUGAAGUUCAAAUGGGACCACCUGACCUGUGCCCGGAGCCCAUGGACCCUAACCCUCAUACCCCCCUUUCCUUCUCCGCCGCUCCCUCCUCCACCCCUCCCAUGGUCCAGUCUGAGCAAGCCAGUCCAGUCUGGUCCUCUGAGCAGGUCUGUCCAGCCCCACCCAUGGUCCCCUCUGAGCAGGUCUGUCCAUCCCCUCCCAUGGUCCCCUCUGGGCAGACGUGUCCCGUGGGGCUGGGUGCAGGGGCUUCUCUGGGCUCCACUCUGUUCCACUGGCAGAUUCAAGAGCAGUUCAAGAGAAUCAAGGCUGUGCCCCCAGAAGUGCUCAACAUGAGGGACCAAGACGGAGACACCCCCCUGCACAUUGCAGUAGCCCAGGGUAAACGGCCCCUAACUUAUGUUGUUGCAGCUAUCAUGUCUGCAAAUGGCACUCUGGACACUCCAGAGCGGAACGGACAGACUGCACUGCACAUAGCAGCUGCUACAAACCAACCCCUGAUAGUGUCUGAUCUGCUGGAGCAUGGGGCACAGGUGUACAGGAGGGACACCUGGGGGCGCUCUCCUCUGCAAGUGUGUGUGGAGAAGGGCCAUGUUGAAAGCCUUGUGGCCAUGCUCAACACACUCAAAACUCUGGGCAAAGAAGUGGAUGUGGACAUGGUCAACUAUGAUAGUCUGACGUCGCUCCAUAUGGCGGUUCUGUCCCAUAAUGCCGUGCUCAGGGAGUUAAGGGGUUUGAGGCGGGCCACGGGCUCAUGUAAAGAGAGACGCCAUCUACUGAAGACGGGAGAGAAGUUAUACAAGUGCAUCAAGGCUCUGCUGGAGAACGGCGCCUCCAUUGUGGCAAAGGAUGAAAAAAGUGGUCGCACCAGUGUUCACAUGGCCGCUGAGGAGGCCAACACAGAUCUCCUGUCUCUGCUCCUGAGCCACCCCUCCACCCCCACUGUGGUCAACCUGCAGACGUACAGCGGGAACACGGCCCUGCACAUCGUCUGCGCUCUGCAGGACUCUAAGGCUCAACUGGAGGCAGUGAAGAUGCUCAUGAGGAGUGGAGCAGAUCCAGGAGCCCGCAACAUUGAGAACGAGUUCCCCUACCAGCUGCUGCCUGAAGGGGGCGCUGCCGAGAGGGUGCGGCAGGUGCUCCGGGGGAAGUAUCUCCAGAUGUAACUCAGACCACUGUCAGUUAGACGGUCCAGCUCACUUCUGCUCCCAGGGCAGACGCUGUUGUUUCUGUGAAACAUACGUUCAUUACUGUGUAAUGUAGGUUUGGGGCUCGGGGUGGGGUGUUUAGUAUUUAGGGUAUUUUUUGGUGGAGGUUUUGGUUGGGCAUAACAGUGUUUAUUUUGACAGUUUGCUAAUGUACUUGACUAAAUCUUUAAUCAGCAACAGAUUUUGUUUAAAUUUACAUUUACUUGAGUACAAGAAAUAGUACUUUUCAAGCAGCAUAUUUUUACACCUACUUGAGUAAUAUUUUUAUUGAAGUACCAGUACUCUUAUCUGAGUAAAAGCUUUGAUUCCUUUAUGUUUACAAUAUAAAAUGAUUUAAACAUUUGUGUUUCUUGCACCGACCCUUCAGAUAUGAUUUAUUUGAAAAUAGCAGAUUUUGUGCAUUAUUUAAUGUUUUGUCUUUCUAUUUACAUUAAAUUAAAAUUAUAAAUCAGAUGUCACCAAACAGUUACUGUCUAAGUUACUCUGAUUUGAGUAGUACUUUUUAGUAAUUUCUUGGAACACCACUCGAUACUUCUACUCAUUAGUAAUAUUAUUUUGAAGUAACAUUACUCUACUUGAGGACUAUUGUGAUUGAAAAGUGCAAUUUGGAUCUAGUCUCCACUUGUUCUUUCAUUCAUUAAGGUUUAGUUUUUAUUGUCUAUGAACAUAUCAGUUAUUUUAGUGAUUAACUUACUUAAUAUUAGUCCAUGAAAUUGUUACUAUGUUUUAAUCAAGCAAAGAUUUAUAUUAUUGUGUGAGUGACCAAAAAAAAAAGAAAUAAAACUUGCUGUUCAAAUGUUG